AACAUGAUGACACGUUAACUGUCACUGGGAUGGAGGGAAAUCCCUAAUGAAUUUGGCAUAAAAAAACACCAUGUAGGUCUACACGUCAGUGUUAAAGUUGACGGUGAGUCGGGAGCGGGUUAAAGUGAGCUACAGCUCAGUGACUGCUGUUGGAGGAAGCUGACGUGUUUGUGGUAUUAUUGGACUACGUUAGCUAAAUCCUAAAAAAGCACAGUGGUAAGGACUGAUCCUAACACCAUGACGGAUAAUAAAGAACCAGCGGGACUCUACAGUGGAGUCCGGGAAUUUAUCGCGGCUGCUAGUGGGAGUGGAACUUAGCUAUAAAAUAUUUCCUUGUGGGGCUACUGUACGGUUUAAGACAUAGUUUGAAAUGGGACGGGCGAGCCUUGAGGAUGGGGCGGACUGUUCUGAAAGGGAUACGUGUUUUUUUUAAGCCCCAUGAAUUACGCUAUCAGAGGUGGAAGGUGUAUUUUUCCACAUCAGGUAGACACGUAUAAUGCUCUACACAGAGAUGUUGGAUGUCCAUGUACGUCAGCACCUCCCCAGACAACGGCAGCAUUCAUACAUUUCCACUCCAUUCACCGCAGAGCUCAGCUGAUCGGAGGGUGAGCAGCAAUGGCUCUGAAGUCAAGGAGACCGUGGACGACCGUGAUUUUCGGUGUCUUUCUCGGGUUCACCGCGUCCUCCUGGCUCAUCGUGCCUCAGGUUCUGGAAAGUAAAGGGAAGAAAUCUCCCAUGUGUCUGUACUACAGUGACUCCUCUGUCGGUAAAGGUCCCGCUAACCCCGGGAACACCGCGGCUCUCAAAGACCGGGACAGCCCGCACUUGAGUCAGGAGGAGGACAGGUUGUUCAAUACAGGGAACAGUAGCGGAGACACCGGGACACCGGUAAGCAAACCGAAGCAUUUCCUCUAUGUAGGUGUGAUGACAGCGAAAAAAUAUGUACAAACUCGCGCCGUGGCUGCGUACAGGACCUGGGUGAGCUCUAUACCUGGGAAGGUGGAGUUCUUCUCGAGCGAUGGUUCGGACACCGUCCACGUGCCUGUCCCCGUCCCGGUGGUUUCGCUGGCAGGUGUGGACGACUCGUACCCGCCACAGAAGAAGUCAUUCAUGAUGCUCAAGUACAUCCACGACCACUACCUGGAUAAAUAUGAGUGGUUCAUGCGGGCUGAUGAUGAUGUUUAUAUAAGAGGUGAGAAGCUGGAGGUGUUCCUGCGGUCACUGAACAGCAGUAAGCCCCUUUACCUGGGACAGACAGGCCUGGGCAUGGCUGAGGAGUUGGGCAGAUUGGCCCUCGAACCUGGAGAGAACUUCUGCAUGGGCGGCCCAGGGAUGAUCUUUAGCAGAGAAGUUUUACGCAGGAUGGUUCCUCACAUCAGUACCUGUCUGAGGGAGAUGUACACCACCCACGAGGAUGUGGAAGUUGGCCGCUGUGUGCGGCGAUUUGGAGGAACACAGUGUGUGUGGUCAUAUGAGAUGCAGCAGCUCUUCUAUGAGAACUAUGAACACAACAAGAAAGGUUUCAUCGAAGAGCUUCACAGUAGCAAGAUCCACAAUGCCAUUACACUUCACCCCAAUAAAAAGCCUGCCUACCAGUACCGCCUCCACAGCUACAUGCUGAGCCGUGAGAUCUCCAGGCUUUGUUACCAAACCCUUCUGCUCCACCGCGAAGGCCUGAUCAUGAGUUACCUCAGUGAUACAGAAGUACUGUGGGAGGACCAACAGCUGGGGUCCCCACCUUCCUACAUGCGCUAUAAGCCCAGUGAGAGAAAUGAUGUAAUUGAGUGGGAUUUCCUGACUGGCCGUCAUGUUUAUUCUGCUGCUGAGAACAAGAUUGCCAGGCAAAGCCUUGGGAACUUGCUUCGGACUGCACUGGAAGACAUUAUCCUCCAGGUCAUGGAGAUGAUUAAUGAGAAUUCGAAAACGCGUGGCCGUGUAAUUGACUUUAAAGAGAUUCAAUAUGGCUACUACAGGGUGGAUCCAAUGCAUGGUGCAGAGUACAUCAUAGACUUACUGCUUCUGUACAAGAAACAUAAGGGACGCAAAAUUACAGUGCCUGUGAGGCGACAUGCUUACCUUCAGCAGUCCUUUAGCCGACCCUUCUUUACUGAAACUGAAGAGUUAGAUGUGGCUGAACUUGUGGCGUCCAUCAACUCUGAAUCCCAAUCCCUGUCUUUCCUUUCCAAUUCUCUGAGGUUCUUAUCACCUUUCCAGGUCUAUGAAUCAAACAGGGAAAUGUGGGAGCAAAGCCAGAGAAAGGUCAACAUCCUUGUACCCUUAUCUGGUCGCUAUGACACCUUUGUCCGCUUCAUGGAGAACUUUGAGAAAGUGUGUUUGAUACCCAAACAAAAUGUUAAGCUCUCUGUUGUUCUGAUGGAAAGUGGGAGCAAUCAGAGCAGAGGAAGACACAUGCAGUUAAUUAAAGACUACUACAGGAAGUAUCCCAAAGCUGACCUGUCUAUAAUCUCCAUGAUGGGCAACUUUUCCCGAGGACUGGCUCUUGAGCUGGGCUCAUCACAGCUUCAUAAUAACUCUCUGCUCUUCUUCUGUGAUGUGGAUCUAAUCUUUAGUGGUGAUGCCUUGCAGCGCUGCAGAGACAAUGCUGUCCAAGGGAGACAAGUCUAUUUUCCUGUUGUCUUUAGUCAGUACAACCCCAAGAUAGUGUAUUCUGAAAAGGCCCCAAGAGAAAACAAAUUUGUGCUGACCAAAAAAAGUGGUUUCUGGCGAGAUUAUGGAUUUGGAAUCAGCUGUGUUUUCAAGAGUGAUUUACUAAAAGCCGGAGGUUUUGACACCUCAAUCUUAGGCUGGGGAUUGGAGGACGUAGACCUGUAUACAAAAGUUAUUAAUUCUGGUUUGAAAGUGUUACGCAGUCAAGAACCAGGUAUUGUCCACAUUUAUCAUCCUGUCCACUGCAACUCAAGUCUUGAGCAGAAACAACAUAAAAUGUGCCUUGGGUCAAGAGCGAGUACGUUUGCGUCAACGAUGCAGUUAGCAGAGUUAUGGCUGGAGAAACACAUAGAGGCUGGAUAUAACAGAACUUCAUCCUGACAUUCCAGCCCACCUGGAUUCCUCCAUACAAGUUUACCUCAGUUCUGCUUGAGUACAGACAGUGAUGGACUGUGUGUGUUGUAGCGUAACUGUGGAUCACAGGUCUGUGUAGGCUGGAAAAUUUGACCCAGAAAGGACCCGAGACUCCAAAACGGAGAUGGACUUAAUCUCCGAACUGACCUGACAGCAGGCGGGCCUUACAUCGUAGGGACCCAGAGGAAAUUGUACACAAUGGAGUCUAGGAUGGUUGUACCCAAUUUGUGGGUGGCUUGUGUAAAACAAGUGUCUGCUACCUUAUCCAGUUCCAAACCAGCUGGGAAAACCACUGACUAAAUACAAAUUGUCUGUUAGUUGGUACGUUGGACAUUGUACAGGUCACUACAACAUUACAGAUUUAUUGAUUUAAUAUUUACUGUAACAAUUAUGCAAAUAUGAGCUUUGAGACCUCUAUUGUAUUUCCUUAGGGUUUGGGUCAGGGUUAACUGACACUUACCUUUUUUAUUCCAUGUAUAAAUAACCAAGGAUACUUUGGAGAGUCGCAAACUUGGGAUUAAAAAAAAAAAAAAAAAAAAAUGACCCAAAGAACAAGCUACAUCACCCAAACUACCUGACAUGUGAUUUAAAUGUAAUAAUGGCAGGAAAUGAUAUCAAAGAAAAAAAAUUAUAUUAUUAUCAUAAUGUUAUAGUCAAUCAUAAGGAUGUUGAAGUGUUGCAGGUUUCGUUACGCAGCAGAAUCAUCUCCUGCAAUGCAGUUAACCAGUGAAAUGAAUAGUUUGUCACUUUGCUCUUCAUUAGUGAAGUGACUGUGGAAUGUGGAUGGCUGCUGUACUGUGAGCAGCAUCAUGUGCUGGGUUAUACAAUCUGUGUGUUUGUGAUUCUGUGUGUGAGGAACAGGGAGAUGGCCCACUUUAAUGCACUACCGUAAUCUACCAUAAUCUCCCAGUGAGUCUUAAGAAAUUUCCUCCUGCAGACCUGAAGCUGAGGCUGCGUGGGUACCAUCUCUGUCAAAAUGAUUUCCUGUUGGGCUACUGUUCUAAUAUUAUUUAGCUUGUUGCUCAGCGUUUUUCUAAUUUACCCUCUCAAGUCUAGUUGUUUUCUCUCUGGCCUGUGGUAGCCAUCAGUUGUUAAACUAUUUUUUCUUGAUGCCAAACCAUGUCAAGUCAGCAGCUCACUGCUGUCCUGACUGGGUUUUCUUCCACUAAUUGAAAUGUAACUGUAGAGGACAGCUAACGUAAUGUUUACCAUGUGUAGAGCAGUUACCACAAUUAUGGCAUUUGCUUAAAUCCUUUCAAGCAAAUGCCCGAAGCUGCAAGGGUGUUCCCACAAAAGGUAAAAAGUUAUUAAAAGCUGUCGUUUCCACCAAGGUCCGCAGAAGUGCUAGCUAGCUUGUGGCUGCAAGCUGUAGCAAGAGAAUGGAAAUCACUUAAACAACCAAAGAUUUAUACAUAGACAGUUUACCAGUCAUCUGAAGUUUGGUGGAAAUGUUAUUCCAGGCCAAGUUUUUCUUCUGGUUGUCCUCAUAAGUUGCUAGCACUGUAACUCCAGAUACCAACAUUAUCAUCUCCGCCAUCUUGUCUUCUUUCUGAUUCUGUAAUGCCUGCUAUUUAAUCAACUAAAGCCAGACGACAACUGCUGGAACUACGGCAAAAUCUGUGUGCCUGCACAUGGCUUGCAACUGCUUCAUACCUCAACCGCUUUGUUAGAAACCGCUUCCCCUUUGCCACCUUGCCCUUAUUGAAAUGACUGGAGGCAGGAAGUUACUGUGCGGCAGUGUGAAAGGGUUUUAAAUCCUAGUUUGGACAUAAAUCCCAUUUCUGAACCUAAUUAUUAAUUAAUUACAACAGUUUAGAUGAGCUUUGUACCUGACCCACUGAGCCCUGGUCAAAAGACAUCUACAUGCCAAGAUUAAAACUGGGAUAAAGUUGAAAAGUUCAUCGGUAACUGUAUAUCAGUAUUUAGUUUGGAUCGUCACAUGGUAAUUGUGUUAAAACAAAAGUUAAAUGUAAACUAGAUGCCUAAAAGUUUUUUACUAUUCAAUCGAUUGAGCCCAUUUUUUCCUGCAGACAUCAAAGGGCCCUAUUUUAUAGGUUUUCACAGUUUUCCUUUUCACAGUCAGCACCCACGUUGUGUAAGUAGCAAAUGUACUGUGCCCAUCCGUGUGCCCAUGGGUGCAUAUGUCUUAAAAUGAGGUGUGGUAAGGCUCAUUGUUGUGGGAUCUCUCCUCGAAUGCAUUCAAUUGUUCACAUGGUUGUUCACAGAGAUGAUAAGCUUCAAAAAUUGUCCUUCUAAUGCCACUGUUGGAAAAGUGCAGAAAAGUGCAGGGCCCAGUCUCUGGACUUACCUGACAUCACCUGGUAAUUGUUUGAAUGUGAGGGACUACAAAGGUUCGAAAUGGUAUAAAUAGGAACAAGGCAACACUUUGCAGUGACACAUCACAUUACUUUGACAAUACCAAAACAUUUUACACAUGGAAAGUUAUAGGUUUAGGACUUUAUAUUUUAUGUUUUUUACUUUUUUCAGGGCCAAGAUGUGAACAUAUUCCAGACUCUUGUCUUGCAGAGUGAAAUAGAGGUAAUUAUUAAGAAAUCAAUUUCUUUGUUUUUCUUAAAACAGCAUCAUUAAGCAAAAUCAAAAUAACUGGUUGGUGAAUAAACUAGGUGUGUAAUAUAGCCCAGCAGUUCCCAACUGGUCCAGCCACUGGGUCCAGAUUUCUCCUUAGUCAUUAGUUCAAGGUCUCACAGUUAAAUAUAUUCAGUGCCAUACUGGCUAUGUCGUUUAGCUAGUAUGCUGUCCCUGUCUGGUGCUGUCGAUUAGUCACUCACUCUACAGCAGAAAACGUCACUUCAAAAUAAAAGCUCUGUGCUGGAAAUUUACUGUACUCAGAAAUAUAUAUAUUUUGUUGUUUGUUUGUUUUGUUUUUUUACAAACUUGGCGCUUUGCAAGUCACUUGUGGCCCAUUUAGAAUGGAUCUGUGACCCUCUUUUGGACCGCAACCCACCAGUUGGGAACCACUGAUAUAGCCUAUGCCUGCACUCACAUACACAUAAAUCUGUGUUUCUGUGCAAAUACAGUACCACAUGCUGAAACGCCCAUAUGUCAGUCCGCCUUGCUUACUUUUGUUUGUUGUUUGUUUGUUUGUUUUCUUUUUUUAUUUUUUCAGACUUUCCCUAGUAACCCUGUGUUUUGCAGUGCUAUGAAUUGCGGAUAGUUCCCUCAGGCAAAGUCUGUAGAAAUGCAGACUUCAGGAAAGUGUGCAUGUAGGGUCUGCAGGAGAGUCUUCAUGCACUUAAGGUUUUGACAGCCCUAAGCCCUCAUGCACUUUGCGGGAACGCACCUCAAAGUCCCUGAGUCUGUGAGUGUGGAGAUUGGGAUUGGGCCGAUGACAAUAAAGUUACAGGUACACCCAGACAACAUAAUAAAGCUUCAGUGAAGACAGCAGUUGCAUUAGGAUUGGCUGACUGAUGAUGCAGCAGGCCAUGUUAUCAAAAUGUUGGUACAUCUCUAGUCAUAUCGAGCCAAUCUAAAUUGUGGGCAGACCUGAUAGCAGUGGUGGUUUCAGUUUGACUGGACUUGGAAUGGAGAAUGGUUUGAGUUGGGUCAGGUACUCUGAUGGAAUGUUCCGAUAGCUAUAGUGUAGUAUCUGUUUUUUUUGGUUUGUUUGUUUUGUGUGUGUGUGUGUAUAUGUGUGUGUGAGAGAGAGAGAUUCAAUUUUACACUGUUAUCUCCCAAAGGACAUCAUUGGGCCAAGCAAAGGUUUGCUUAGCCAUUACUUCAUGGCUUCUCCUGGAUUGUAAUUAAUUGUUGUCAUCCUUUUCUUACUGCCGUAGUUAUUAUGACGUUUACACUUCUGCCUCAGGACCACAUUUUACCACCCAGUGUGUUGUAGCCUUUUGCUUUAACUGAUAUGGUGCCCACUGCCUAUUGUGUAUUUAAUGAAAAAGAACAAUCUGGUAAAUAAUAGUCAGAACAAAGAGGCUUUGAGUUAGCCUAGCUCCUACAGAAGGGUACUGCUGCCACCAUGACAAAACUUUUCCAUGAGUAAUAGUAUACUAACUGUACAGACACUUUUCUUGUUGUAACAAUUAUCCUAAUGAGAUAUUGAGCAAAUAUUUUUUGCCCUGAGUGCAGCAGCUGUUUUCAGACCUCUUAAUCACAGUACACUCCUAUUUUUCAGCAAUACAAAAAGAUGAAUAAUAAAGUGAAAACUGUGAGUUGAGUGUGAUUAUUAGACUCUUCUAGUGAUAGUUGGUGAAUAAAGCUUAAAUAUAUGGCUAAAUAUAUUGGUCAUUAUGCAACUGGAACAUUUCUCUGUUAUGUUCCAGAUUUAAUGUGCAUUUUUUCAUAAAAGAAAUGUGAAAGCUCCACAAUGAGUGAGAUGAUUCAUUAGUGUUCAUAAACAUUUUCUGUUACAUUUCUAUGGAAGAAAAAAAUGGAGCUGUAUCCCAUAACAAUGAUAAAACAUCUCAUAAUUCUGAGAUCCUCAUCUCAGAAUCAUGACAUCCAGCGAAGAUGGAUUUCUCAUGGUUAUGAGAUACUGAGCCAUAUUAACAAGGUAAGGUUUGUUCCUUUUGAUGAAUGCAGUGCACUAAUCUAAGUUUCACCGUGGAGGCUCACUUGCAGAUUCUGUAAAGACUAACUUUAUGGUUAUGUUAUAUAAUGGCUUUUGAGUCUGCCAGCAAUAACAACUGAUUAUUUAUAAUAAAUGUUUAAACACAGA